CCCUUAACUGAUGAUGACAGGGCGGUUUUAUCUUGUCCCUCUCGGUAACUGUUGUUGGAUUGUGUGGGAGUGUAAACUUGUCCCAGAACGGUUUUAAGAGAGGCAUCCAAUUUGACCCGCCUAUUAUAUGCACGGCGCAGCACUUUUGGCCGCUGGCGGCAAAUGAUUCGUAGGACGUGAUCAGAAACCACAUGAUCAGAAACCACAUGACCAUCUAGUGAACGUUAGGGGCAAAUCCAAUAUUUAUCGGGGAACGUGGAUCAAGUUUACUUCUAACUUUAAUUCCACUUUCUUCUCUAGUAGCCUACUUGUGUUCGCGGGCUCAUAUCUUGGGCUAUUAUUAUUAUAUUAUUAUUAUUAAAUUACACAUGUUCUUGGGUUGUUAGGCCAAUUAGAGCAGGAACCAGGAAGCAAAGGAUCUACUAAGAAGAGGACAUCGGAAUUAUUUAUGAAUGUUGUUCGAGGCUUGUCCAAAAAGCCAGGCAACCAUGGUAACACCAGUGCAACUUUGUAUCACAUGUGUGCUUCUCGUGUUGAGUUUGGCAGACGAUGUUAAACUUAAACACAAACCGUCCUCAAAACCUGUCCGACUGUUCACCGACGAAGAUUUAAAAAGGCACGACGGGAGUGAGGAGGGGCAUCCCAUUUACAUGGCCAUAAAAGGAGUGGUGUUUGAUGUUACCAUGGGAAAAGAGUUCUAUGGGAAAGAUGGACCAUACAAUGCCUUGGUUGGAAAGGACUGCACAAGGGCUGUGGCCAAAAUGUCCCUGGAGCCAGUUGACCUGACAUCUGACACUACAGGCCUUACUGAAGAGCAGCUCCAAUCCCUGGAGAGUGUAUUUGAGGGCACGUACAAGACAAAGUACCCCAUUGUAGGCUACACCACGACGGGCAUCCUCAACCAGGAUGGCAGCCCCAAUAAGGACUUCAAACCUGAAGACCAACCUCACUUCAACAUCAGAGACGAGUUCUAAUCCAAAAGGAGUUUUUGGCACUUUUUUUUUUUUUUUGCAAGGAUAUGUUUUGGUACGCAGAACUGGAGACAUGAAGAUUCAAGACACAGUGAGAUCCUCAAUUUGCUCAUGAUUACAUACAUUAAGCUCAUGAUUGGAAAAAUGAUUAUUUAUGAAUUCCCAGUCAGAUGAAUGGAUAGUACUGCAUCUCUGGAGGUUCUCUGAUGAAGCCCAUAAGGGUAGCCUACCAAGAGAUGGGCAGCAAUGUGUUUCAGCUGUAUUUUCUUUACCUUAUUUGAAGACCAUAUACAUCUUUAAAAAUGUACUGUAAGAUAUCAUUUUAUGUGGACUCCAAUAAAAACAUGGAAUGUUUGUAACUA